AUGGAAUAAAGAGAAGCCCCAGUAUUUAUUGAGACUGAUGAGCUAGCAAAGCUUAUUGAAACAGAGAAGGACCUUAAAGUAUUUGAUUGCACAAUGAGUCUAACCCCCGAAGAUGGAGAUGCAAUUCUUAACUAUCACAAUUCUCACAUCCCUGGAUCUGAAUUCCUUGAUCUCAGAUACUUAAAGAAUGCUAGUGCACCUUUCCCUAACACAAUUCCACCUUUGGAUUUAUUCAAAGAUACUAUGAAAAAGCACAAUGUGAGACUUUAAUCAAGAGUUGUACUUUACGAUGCUAAGGGUCUUUAUAUGUCGACAAGAGCCUUUUGGCUAUUCAAAGUUUUUGGGCACCUCUCAGUUUCAGUUCUGAAUGGAGGUCUAGCCAAAUGGUUGAAGGAGGAGAGAACUGUAUCAAAGAAUGAAACUGGACCAGCUGACAGUUUUAACUACACUUUUAAUCCAGCACUUUUUGCUGAUUAUUAAACAAUUAUAGAUCUUGAGUCAAAAUCCGAACCAAAAGAUACAUUAGUUCUAGAUGCAAGACCAGAUGCAUCUUACGCUAAUGGACAUUUAACUGAUGGUCACUCAUUAUUCUACAAGAAUUUAUAAACUGCAGAUUGCACUGUUAAAUCUACUGAAGAAAUUAGAGAAAUUUUAGCUAGUAAGAAUCUUGACUUCACUUAAAAGAUUAUUACUUAAUGCCAAUCUGGAAAUACAGCCACAUAUCUAUUUGCUGCUUUGAAGCAUGCUGGCCACGGUGAUGUUAGAGUUUACGAUGGUUCCUACUCAGAAUAUUCUGCUAAGAAGUCUCAGUAAUGA